AUGAUACACCUACCCGACGAGUUGAUCCUCCACAUCAUCUCCUACCUCGAACCCUCGGAGCUCGUCGCUCUCCAACACGUGUCGCGCCGCUUCCUCAACCUCUCACGCGACAACAACCUCUGGAAGUCGCUAUGCUUCACCCACUCGACCGCUGAGCGCCGUCGCCGCCGUCUCGAAAUUACAACCGACAUCGACCCCCGCCUCGCCGAGCUGAUACGCGCCGCCGACACGCUUGCCAACACUUUCGAUACCUCUGUACAUGAUGAGACCGCGCCGAGUGCUGAGUCACAGCAGGAGCGCAACCAGGAGAAGCGGAGGCAGGCGCUGAUUGCGAAUUGGGACCCCAGUUACCCUGACGAGAAGGUGAAUUGGUACCAGGACUUUAUACAGCGCCAUGCCGAGCAGAAGAUUAGCUGGUUCCAGGAUGCUGGGACAGAAAAAGACGAGGGGGUCAUAAGGAGGGAGGCUACGGGUGCAGGCAUUCUAUUCGACGAUGAUGGCUUAGCAAACAAGCUCAUCGCCCCCCUCGACGAUGGCAGCAUCAGCAUCUGGGACGUCUCAGCUAGCAGCGACCGACAGGGCAAGAUGAUAGCGAAGAGCGACAUCGGGCUGCUACCAGGCAGAGGCUCAGACCUCGACUACGACACGCGCCUCACCCAAAGCCAAGCCAUCAUGACAGAAACCGGUGCCGUCGAAUGCGUGAGCAUCGACAGCAAACUCCACAAAGGCUUCUUCGCCGUCAAAAACGCCCUCAACGAAGUCGAUCUCAACACCCUCCAAGUCGUCUCACGAACACCCUAUCCCUUCCCCAUCACCGCCCUCUCCGAAGCCCACCACCGCACCCCCCUCACAGUCGGCACAAACUGGACGCUGCACCUCCACGACUCGCGCAAACCUCCCACCCCACCUUCCUCCGUCCGCUGCGAGCUCAUCGGCGGCCCAACCGACAGCGACUUCUCGCGCCUCGACACCGGCGACUUCGACGGCCACGUCUCGCUCUCCCAGCCCGGUGCGCUGUCCAUACUCCACCUACCCACAACGCGCGACUGGGAUGGAAACGGCGAUAUCUGGGUCGCAGGACGCUUCACCAGCAUGUUGAACUUUGACCGGAGGUCUUUCCCGAGACUACGCGGUACUGUGCAUUCUGGCGCAAGACUGUCGUGUAUCACGGCUAUACCGCAUCCUUUCGUACCACAAGAUCUGAGACUGGGCCGACCAUAUAGCAGUCCGGCAUCGUUGCGCGACGCGAAAUCUACACCGGGGUAUACGUUGAUCGCAGCGGGUGAAUACAAAGGCAAAGGCUCGCUGGAAUUGUAUGGCCUCUCGAAUGAACCUUCUCGUUCUAUCAACUCGAGCGACAGCCGCACGACGCGCAACCAGAAAGCGUAUUAUCAGAAUCGUCAGACGGCUAGUAGUUCCAAGUUAUUGGCUGUUGCGCCGCAGGGUACGCGACUCGUUUUCUCGGAUGGAGAUGGGAAUUUGAAGUGGGUGGAAAGGGAUGGGAGUACGCCCGUGCGGCAGUUCAACAUUAAUGAUUUCCAGAGGAGUAAAGACGGGGAGACUGUGGCGCAACAUCAGCAUCACAGUAGUCUUGUUAAUGCGACGCCGGAUGAGGAAGCGGGGUGGGGGGAUAUUGUGCAGAAAAUCUUGCCUACGACUAAUGCCUCCUUGCUUACACCUUACUCUCCGGCUUCUUCUGGGACUGAGUCUCUCGGUCUGAAUAACCUUGUUCUGUGGACUGGAGACGGGAAACUGGGUCUGCUGGGCUUUGGCAAGGAACCGCCCAUGGCGAGGGAUGUUUUUGAGGAUGCGCUGGAGAGACAGGGUGAUGGGGAGGAGGGAGGGGAGAAGAUGAGGGAGCGGCAGUAUGGAGUGGAGAUGAGGAGGGCGCUUGAACAUCAGGCUAGGGAGUUGAGGUGGUUGAGGGGUACUUCGGCGCCUCCAGUACCUGCUCCUCAACCACCGAAAAUGUCAGUCAACGCUUACGCCUCACCCAUUGCUCUCGGCGACUCGAAGCGCGCGGACCCAGACAAGCAUUCUAUCUUGGAAUUACCAGGCGAAAUCCGCAAUCAGAUCUACGAUUACGUUGUCAAAUCUUCGACACCGCUUGAAGUACGAUAUCACGGAAUAGAGCCAUGGACUUGCGAUCUGGGUCUAUAUCUCAACGACCAGUCACGCAUUCCGACAAGUCUCUUCCUCUCCUGUCGAAAGCUAUACCAUGAGGUCGCUUCAUCUUUCUACGCCAACAAUACAUUUACCUUGGAACCGGAUAUCAGACGUUCAACAUACCACUCCUACGCUGAGAUAUCCAGCACCUUAAUCACUCGCUUAGGCACUCAAGCCCGAUGGCUCGCCAAGAUGGAACUUGAUGUGAGCUCCCUAGCAGAUUACCGAUAUCGCAGAUGUGACGAGGGGCUUGGCUUCGUAUUCAACGAUUGGACCGAGCUUUUCGAUGUUACUACUCUCCUUCGCGCUAUCUGGAGUCGAGACUCGCCGGUGCUUGUUUCUUUCACCAGGUCGCCGAAUUCCAGUACUUUUGAGUGUGACGCUACGACCGUGGCUGCUAUCAUCCAGUCCAUCUGCCAGGGCCAACUUCAACUCCGUCGUUAUGGACAGCAGCUGCGCGCGGUUGCGCUGAAGCGAGAUGGAUCUGGCGGGAUACUCAACUGGGGGACUACUCCGGCUACACCUCAGCCAUGGCAAUGCCCAGGUCGUUUCCAAGCGAACCCUGAUUACCUGACAGACUUCACCGCUGAAGACAACGGAUCUCGGCUUAAGCUUAUCUCGCAACGUAGCGAACCCUUAACUUUGCUAACACUACCUGAGUCUAUUCAGGACCGCAUCUAUAGCAUGGUCGUACAUCCCACCGAGGGUACACUCAUCGAUCUCGACCACGACACGGAAUUCGAUUGUGGACUCAUCCACGUCAACAAACACUUCUACCGCACUUGGCGCGACAAGUUUCUUUUCGAGAACAAAUUCGUGUUGACCAUGAGUACAAAGCAGCUACAAACGACAUUCGACGACUUCAACCAUCUCCGGACCUUCCUCCGCAAGACCUACAUGCCCAAGUCGACCUACUCAAAUGGAGAGCCAGACACCAUUACCGCGAGGAUCGUCACUCGGGAGAAGGCGCAUCCACAGCCCGGUCCGUCGUACGUUCUGAGAUUUGAGAUGGACAGCGAAGUCUCGCUGGCCGAUGUGCGUAUCAAUGCGUUACCAUUCGUAAUGGAGACAUCAACUACGCAAGCAUCAAACACAGUCACAUUCCAAAUUUGGACAACCCCCGGCACUGAGGGACCAGCAACCAUGACUGCGUCUCAUACCAUGACACUCCACCAGCUGCGACUCAACAUCGUACUAGCGAUAAUGCGCCACGUGUAUUCCAUCCCAACGUUCCACCGAGACGAACUCCCAGAUUUCUGGAUCAACGGCUUCGGCGACGUCGUCCCGACUCCUCCUCCCACUACUACCACUACCACUGCCACUAAUACCCGUGUACCAUGCUCCCCCACCGGACCCUGGCACCCAGCCUCCACACUCAUAUACAACGCCGACUGGGACGAAGACAACUACUCCAUCUCAGAGCUCCAUCCCAUCGACUACGUCUACCGCAACAACGGCUGGGGAUUCCAUUCUGGCUGUCGGUAUCCAUACAGUAUCCAUUGGCAGCUUUUUCCGUUUUGCAGGAGGACAAAGGAGGUGCUGCCGUAUCUUGUGCGGUGUCUGGAUGAGGCGGGGUUGCCUGAUGACGAUGACGGGAUUUUUGGACAGUAA